AUGGCGGUAGUUGUAAUUGGGGACAUCGACCGGAAACGGAAAAGGCAUGGGGUAGGGAAAGAAAGGGCUUUGGAAAGUAUUAUUAAAUAUUGCAAGAAUGCAUCUGAAAAUGAUGAGGAGCUUCGUGAAUAUAGCUUACAGGCUUUGGAAAGUUUUCUACUUAGAUGCCCGAGGGAUAUUUUCUCUUACUGUAAUGAAAUUUUGCAUCUUACUUUGGAGUAUUUAGUUAUGAUCCCAAUUUCACGGAUAACAUGGAAGAAGACACUGAUGAUGAAGUUCAUGAUGAUGAUGAGGAUGAUGAUAGUGCCAAUGAGUAUACAGAUGAUGAGGAUGUCAGUUGGAAAGUCUUCAAUCUCCUCUUCCUCGGGUUCUUCCUCUUCAACUUCUUUGGGGUCCUCUUCUGGUUCCUCCUCGAACACUUUCUCAGGAUUUUCUUCUAGUUCUUCUUCUAUCUAACCACCAUUUCCCUGGUUCGGAAAGCAGGGGUCUCCAGGUAAGUGGAAUCAUGCCAUGACGUCUGUGCGAGAAUAGAGGUGUA